AUGACAGCGACGCAGACGCAGAAGAUAGCUGUCAUGAAACACCUAGCUAAGAAGGUCGUAGAAACAGAAGGCAGAUUCUCGUGGACGGCGAUUGCGGUGGGAAAUUUUUUUUUGAUUGGUCUAUUAAACGAUUCCCGGCCUUCGGUUUCGACCUACCCAACAAGGCGGCCCGAAUCUACGACUGAGGCAACGAACCCAUCACAGGCCGUAGUCGGCACCUUUUUCAACCCGACCGAAACGGCAAACAAAUUCCUGCGCAUCAGGUCCCUGCAGACGACGCAGAACCAAAUUCUAGCGGCCUUCGAGCAGAUUUCGGACUCCAAAUGGGCCGUCGAGAGAAUCUCAACCAAUGAACUCUAUCGAGCUGGAAAGGAGAAGCUGGAAAAAGGGGAAGAAGGGUGGAUUUUGGAUAUUCUUUGUACGCAGAUUUUUGCCAAUGGAGGGGAUCGUUCGAUUGUUGCGACGAGGGAAGAUUCGGUUAAUGCAUUGGUUCGAGUUCGGGAGGUGGAGUUGGCGGAUGUGAUUAGGGAUAUUCGUCGCAGAGAGUCGAGAUAUGUAGAAUAA